AUGUUACGACCGAAUGGUAGUACAGCUGCCCGGAAAGCAGAAGACGCUGGUUUGACUCCAUCGGAAGGAGAUUAUCGUUUGGUUCGUUCUGUUACCAUACCAUCACUUCAAAUAAAUAAUAAACAACAUGAAGCCAUUGUCGAUACUGGAUCUGCAGUCACCAUUAUUAAUCAACAAUUAUUAAAAAAGAUUUACCGCACAAGAUUCAUUUACAAGAAGAAAUUACACGAAUCAGCUAAUUGUACGUCUAUUGAUAUUAUUGGCGAAAUUCAACUUGAAGUUAAAAUACCAGGACAUAAAACUUUGAUUAUAGCGGAUGUUGAAACGAAUCUUAAUACUGAUAUAUUACUUGGAAACGACUGGAUUAUGCAACACAAUGUUAUUAUUGAGUCAUUACAAUGGCAUAUUACCCUUAUUGAUCAGAACCGCCACGAAUUAGCAACAGCUCCAUUCGUUCAACCUUCAAAUCUUCAAUUUAGCGCAACUAAUCGUCAACGAACACUAUCAACGAAUACUCAACUGCGAAAUAUGUCAUAUCAGGCUGAAUUAAAUAAUCAUAUUAUUUUACCGGUGUCAUCAGAAGAUGCCAAUUAUCAAUCAACACAUUUUCAAUCAUUUAUUUAUAAGAGGAACAACACUCGCAAGAGUGGUUUCUGUGAUUCAUUACUCCGUGAAAAGAGGAAGGCCCGAUUUACGGACUUUAUCUGUGGAAAAGAACAUCAUGAAGAACAACAACAUCACUCAUUUGCAUCAGAAUGUUAUCCAUCAGCAGCAUCAUUAGAAAAUGAUACUAUAAAUAUUUUAGAUGAAGAAACAUUGAAUUAUAAUGAUAAAGAAGGAGGUCAUGUACGAGAUGAACCUUCAAACGAAAUUGAAAACAUGUCUGAUGAUGGCAUUCAACAAGAUGCAAUGAACGAUCAAAAUCAACAAUACAUAAAUCAUAAACCAUUAACAAGAAGUCAACGAAAAAAAUGCAAACAUCGAGCUAAAAGAUAUCAAUAUGAAAUCAUUCGGAACAUUUAUCAUAAAUUUACCAUCACAGAUAUUAAAAAAAUCUUAAUAUUUAUGGAUAUUCCUUACGUGAACAUUAGUGUCUUCGGAAGCACGUUAAUCUUGGGUGUAAAGAACGAGCAAAUAUAA